AGCAUCCAUCGAAUCUGCAAGAUGCAUCCGAAUUCUGCAGUCGCUUUUUUUCUGUUGCUGGGCCUGUCCUGGUGUUUUAGAUUACAGAUUUCCGAUGAGGAUGAUAGCGACGAGUUCACAAAACAGGAGCUGCAGUUUGCAGAGCACUAUUUAAAGACUCAUUAUAAUCUCUGGUCAAGUCCCGCCGGCAUCUUGAAGUCAGGGGAUACAUUUUCCACCAAACUUCGAGAAAUGCAAUCGUUUUUGGGGCUAGAAGUCACCGGAAAGCUGAAUGAAGAAACCUAUGAAUUAAUGAAGCAGCCCCGAUGUGGAGUCCCUGAUGUGGGAGAGUACAACUUUUUCCCUCGAAAGCUAAAGUGGUCCCAUACUAAUUUAACAUACAGGAUCUUAAAUUACACCCCUGAUCUGAAAAAGUCUGAAGUGGAGCGAGCCUUCCGAAAGGCAUUCAAAGUCUGGUCUGACGUGACACCACUCAACUUCACCAGAAUUCGCACUGGAGUGGCAGAUAUCAUGAUCUCCUUUGGACGAAGAGAACAUGGUGAUUUCUAUCCUUUUGAUGGACCUUCUGGUCUCCUGGCUCAUGCUUUCCCUCCUGGACCAGGUUAUGGAGGAGAUGCUCAUUUUGAUGAGGAUGAAUUGUGGUCAACCGAUUCCAAAGGAUAUAAUUUGUUCCUCGUGGCUGCCCACGAAUUUGGCCAUGCUCUUGGACUCGAGCAUUCCAGAGAUCCAGGUGCUCUGAUGUAUCCAGUCUACACAUACACAGGGAACACUGGCUUCUUGUUGCCAGAUGAUGAUCUACAAGGGAUCCAGACUCUUUAUGGUGCAGGAGAUCACGAUCCCCAUCCUGAUCAUCCAAAAACCCCUGAGAAAUGCAGUGAAAACUUAACACUUGAUGCUAUCACAGAGUUUCGAGGAGAAAUGAUGAUCUUCAAAGACAGGUUUUUUUGGCGCCUACAUCCUCAGAUGGUUGAAGCAGAUUUGGUGCAGAUUAGAUCUUUUUGGCCAGAAAUUCCAACCAAAAUUGAUGCAGCCUAUGAACACUCUGACAAAGAUCGUGUGCUGCUUUUUCGAGGCAGAAAAGUUUGGGCUUUGAAUGGUUAUGAUAUAGUAGAGGGCUAUCCUAAAAAAAUUUAUGAAUUGGGUUUGCCAAAAUCCAUAAAGUUAAUCGACGCAGCAGUCCAUAUUGGUGAGACUGGGAAAACUCUCUUUUUUACAGGAGAAAAAUACUGGAGUUUUGAUGAACAGAAUCAGAUCAUGGACAAAGGCUACCCUAGAUUUAUACAAGACGACUUCCCAGGAAUUGGUCGCCGAGUAGAUGCAGUCUAUCAGAAGAACGGCUAUUUGUAUUUCUUCAACGGACCACUGCAGUUUGAAUUCAGCAUCUGGGAUGAAAGAAUCAGUCGUGUCUUGAGAACUAACUCAAUCUUUUGGUGCUGAAUAUAUUAAGCCGGGUUCUGAACUGUGGGAUAAUUUGCUACUCAUGAAAAAUAAUACUGUACGUGAAUAUUUUUUUAAAAACUAAAAGCUUGAUUCUGUGAACAAGCUUAGAUAACGUUGCUGAUUUUAUAUUGUAUAUAUGGGACAUAUAGCUAUCAGUCUGGAACUGAGUUAAAUUGAAAAGGUUUAGCUUUUUGUAAUGUAUCAACAUUUUAUAUGGAUUAACACUAUUUAAUAGUUGAUAAAAGACUAUAUUCCUGUUAAGGACUGACUGGAGAAAAGAAACCCUCGGGGGAAAAAACACAUCCUUGUUGGUAGUAAGCAACUUCAGGCAAUUGUUCAAUGAUAAAAUUAAAAAUGGGCAGAGAGGAGGGAGGGGCAGAUCAGAGGUGGGUUUCAGUGGGUUCUGACCAGUUUUGGAGAACCAGUAGUGGAAAUUUUGAGUAGUUCUGAGAACCGGUAGUAAAAAUUCUGACUGGCCCCACCCCCAUCUAUUCUCUGUCUCCCAAGUCCCAGCUGAUCAGGAGAAAAUGGGGAUUUUGCAGUAACCUUCCCCUGGAUUGGAGAGGGAAUGGAGAUUUUACAGUAGUGUAAUGUUGGAGUGGGGUGGGAAUGGAGAUUUUAUAGUAUCCUUCCCCUGCCACGCCCACCAACCCACACCCACCAAGCCAUGUCAUGCCCACCAAGCCACGCCCACAGAACUGGUAGUAAAAAAGUUGAAACCCACCACUGGGGCAGAUCUCUGAUUUUCAGAAUCUCAUGAAGUUAAUUGUCGACAUCAAGGAUCAGUCAAGUGAUCUUGAAAAGAGAAAAUGUGAUAAAUUUGGGAGCGUUCUGAGAAUUUAAAUAGUUUUAUUUAUUUAUUUUUUAAAAAGGGCUUUAAUUUAAAUUGACUUUCAAGCGGGUAUUACAGAGGAGUAUCUCAGGUCAUGCUUGAUGACCCGAAGGUAAAUUAAUAAAUUUACAGGUAGUUCUCUACUUACGGCCAUAAUUGAGCCCGAUAUUUCUGUUGCUAAGUGUGACAGUUGUUAAGUGAGUAUUGCCCCAUUUAACAACUUUUCUUGCCCUAGUUGUUAAGUGAAUCACUGCAGUUGUGAAAUUAAUAAUGGUUAUUAAGUGAAUCGGGCUUCCUCAUUGACUUUGCUUGUCAGAAGGUCAUAAAAAAUGAUCGCAUGACUUUGGGACACUGCAACCAUCAUAAAUAUGAACCAGUUGCCAAGCCUCCUAAUUUGGAUCACAUGACCAUGGGGAUGCUGCAAUGGUUAUAAGUGUGAAAAUGGCCAUAAGUCACGUUUUUCAGUGACGUAGUAACUUUGAACUGUCGCUAAAUGCAGUGUUGUAAGUCAAGAACUAUCUGUAACUUGGAGAAAGAAACACUUUUCAGGAUGAUGUCUCAAACCUUAAGGAUGAAAGUAAGUGGGGGAAGGGGGUAUUAUGAGCCUAUGCACUACAUUUCAGUAUAAAUGAAGACUUCAAACAAUAGGGAUUUCCCCCCUAAAGUUCAUAAAGAAAUCUGAAAGGAGACCAUGGAAAAUGCACAAUUGAAGAUUAUCUCCAGAGUCCUAGAUUCCUUAAAUCUUAUUUUUUUUUAAUAAGAGCAUUUUAGAAAAAAAUUUGAAAAGCAUAUUUCCUCAUUUUACAAGGAAAGAGACCUUUGUUUUAGUUAUUUUUUCAUUCAUUUUGUAUUUAGUGUAACACUGUCUACAAAUUCGUAGCAUUUAAAAAUAUGUGAAGUUAUAGUUAUGUUUCUUAUGUUAUGUGUGUGCGU